AAAAAGUUUUUCUUGGUUUUCUGGGUUGUUUCUCAAUGUUACUAGUUGUACUUAGUUUUUACUUUUGCUUCUUGACAAAACUCAAAGCAAUGUUUGUCUUCUGUUCUUUUCAUUAUCCAUAGAUUCUUUAUGUGGUGAUUUUGUAGCAAUUUCUAACUUCUUCAUUGUCAUUUCAGAGCUUAUCUCUUCCAAGCAAAAUAUUGUUGGAUUUUGUCUUCUGUUCAACCGAUCUUGAAGACUCUAUGACUUACAUCUAAAUUCAUCCUCUUUAAUUCAUGGCUGCUGUUGCAUUUGUUCUAUUUUCUGUAUGUAACUUGUUUCUUGAUUUUUAUACUUUUUAGUUGUCUCUUUUCUGUUACACCUUCAGUUUUGGGGAAAUGCUUUUCUUUCCUUUCAACUUUUGAACAAAUUUUAAAGGUGAACAAUCUUUCGAGUUUUCUUAGUGCCAGGAAUAACAUUUGUUUCUAUAUUUAUUUACUAUGAUCAAAGCAAAAGCAGGAACUUUCCUUUCCUUCCAUAUAAGGAAACUCAGUUUCUCCCUGUUUUGGCAUCCCCUCUCCCUAUUCCUUAUCUACCCCCUUGUUUUUUUCUUGCGCAUUUUGCAUUUGUUCUGUGAGGUGUACUCAUUCUUCUGGGCUUCAGCUGGUACUCAGAAGUAUUUUUGCUCUUCCUGCAUUCAUUUAAUUAAUGACCACCGAGGUGUCACUCUGAGCUGGGUGGAUGCUGAGGUAGGUGCAGGAGAUACGAAGAUAAAGGUGGUUCUGACCCUGCCAUCAGGGUCCCCACUCUGGUUGAGGAGGUGGCACACACGCAGACUAACAAUGGCAAAAGGUGUGAUGUCUCAGGUGUCCUGGAGACACAGAGGGAGGGAGGGAGACAUGGAUGGAGGGAGUCAUGUUUGGUGAAUCAGCAAAGGCAUGCUGGGAGGUGCUGCUACUGUACCAGGAGAUCUUCAUGAGGUAGAGGAUAAAGCAAAAGGGCUAGGGCCUGAAGGUGCCCAUGUUUGUUGCCCAAGUUCAUCAAAGCCUGGCUGGAGAUGAGACUGAAAAAAGGAACGUCGGGCCACAUUGUGAAGCACCUCAAAUGUUUGACCAUAUGGGUCCUGUGGGCUGUGUCCCAGAGGCUUUAAAGCAGGGAAGUGCCAUGCUCAGGUAUGUGUUCAGGAAGAUAACAGGCUGUGGUGUGAAGCACGGACAGCAGGAAGUCAGUGAAGCUGCUCUGGCAGCCGUCCAGGUUUAAUAGGAAAAACUUGCUUUCUGCAAACAACUGAGAAAACUGCCCUUGGAAACUGUUUCUUUGGUCCAUAUGGAGCAGCUGAAACGUAUUACGCUGUGAGGCCCUUGACGGGACAGGCGCUUACCCCUGGUCAGCCAGUGUGAUUGUCGCCAUGGCUAGCAAGAGGAAGUCCACCACCCCGUGCAUGAUCCCUGUGAAGACCGUGGUGCUACAGGACACCAGCACGGAGGCCCAGCCCGCCGAGGCUUUACCGGAAGGACCCCAGCAGGAGCUGCCCCCCGAGGCGCCUGCCAGCAGCAGCGAGGCUGCCCCGACAUCCAGCAGCACUGAUGGCCCCGCCCUGGCCAACGGGCACCGGGGCACGCUGGACGGCUAUUCGUUUUCCUGCAAAUACUGUGAUUUCAGAUCCCAGGACAUAACUCAGUUUGUGGGACAUAUGAACUCAGAGCACGCAGACUUUAAUAAGGAUCCAACUUUUGUAUGCACUGAAUGCAGUUUUCUGGCAAAAACUCCUGAGGGCCUUUCUCUGCACAAUGCCAAGUGUCACUCGGGAGAAGCCAGCUUUGUGUGGAAUGUGGCCAAGCCAGACAAUCACGUGGUCGUGGAGCAGAGCGUCCCCGAGAGCACCUGUGCUCCUGACGUACCGAGUGAGCCCAACGCCGAAGGGACUGACGGACAGGCCGAAAUCAUCAUUACCAAAACUCCAAUCAUGAAGAUAAUGAAAGGCAAAGCUGAAGCCAAAAAAAUUCAUACGCUCAAGGAGAACAUGUCCAGUCAGCCUGUGGGUGACACGGCCUUACCAAACCCACCAGCGGGGGAGACCGAGGCGAAGGAGGGGGACCACCCCUUUGUCAAUGGGGCAGUCCCGGUCAAUCAGCCGGCCCCCAGCUCGGCCAAAGGGCCACAUGCAGCCAACGGGCCCCUGCUGGGAGCGGUGCCGGUCCUGCCGGCCGGCAUAGCGCAGUUCCUCCCCCUGCAGCAGCCGCCCCCCGUGCACGCCCAGCACCACGGGCACCAGCCGCUGCCCACGUCCAAGUCCCUCCCCAAGGUGAUGAUCCCCCUGAGCAGCAUUCCCACCUACAAUGCGGCCAUGGACUCCAACAGCUUUCUGAAGAACUCGUUCCAUAAGUUCCCCUACCCGACCAAAGCGGAGCUCUGCUAUCUGACCGUGGUCACCAAGUACCCGGAAGAGCAGCUCAAGAUCUGGUUCACAGCCCAGAGGCUGAAGCAGGGCAUCAGCUGGUCCCCCGAGGAGAUUGAGGAUGCCCGGAAGAAGAUGUUCAACACGGUCAUUCAGUCUGUUCCCCAGCCCACGAUCACCGUCCUCAACACGCCCCUGGUCGCCAACGCCGGCGGCGUCCAGCACCUCAUCCAGGCCGCCCUCCCGGGUCACGUGGUGGGGCAGCCGGAGGGCACAGCGGGCGGCUUGCUGGUCACGCAGCCGCUGAUGGCCAACGGGCUGCAGGCGCCCAGCUCGUCCCUGCCGCCCGCCGUCACGUCGGUGCCCAAGCAGCCCCCCGCGGCGCCCAUCAACACGGUGUGCUCCAACACGGCGUCGGCGGUGAAGGUGGUCAACGCGGCCCAGUCGCUGCUCACGGCGUGCCCCAGCAUCACCUCACAAGCCUUCCUGGACGCCAGCAUCUACAAGAACAAGAAGUCUCACGAGCAGCUGUCCGCCCUGAAGGGAAGCUUCUGUCGGAACCAGUUCCCAGGGCAGAGCGAGGUGGAGCACCUGACCAAAGUGACCGGCCUCAGCACCAGGGAGGUGCGCAAGUGGUUCAGCGACCGCAGGUACCACUGCCGGAACCUGAAGGGCUCCAGGGCCGUGCUGCCCGGCGACCCUGGUGCCAUCGUCAUCGACCCCGGGCCCGAGGCGCCCUUCUCUCCGGCGGUGGCCAAGGCCCCCGAGGGGCCCUGCGUCCCGCCAGCCGCCACCCUGGCAGCACCCCCUUCCGCCAGACGCCAGGCCUGGCACCAGACCCCCGAUUUCACCCCAACCAAGUACAAGGAGCGAGCCCCAGAGCAGCUCAGAGCCCUGGAGAGCAGUUUUGCACAAAACCCCCUUCCUCCUGACGAGGAGCUGGACCGCCUGAGGACUGAAACCAAGAUGACCCGGAGAGAGAUCGACAGCUGGUUCUCGGAGAGGCGGAAGAGAGUGAGCGCCGAGGACCCCAGGAGGGCCGACGAGGGCCCCGGCCCGGAUGAGGAGGCGGUGGCGGCUGCUGAGGACGAGGCGGGAGAAGGGGAGCUGGUGGGGGACCUGAGGGUCCCCGGCGAAGACGGCUCCCUGGAAGGGCUUGGCAGCCACUCCCUGGCAGAGCGCAAGGUCAGCCCCAUCAAAAUCAACCUCAAGAACCUGCGGGUCACGGAGGCCAACGGCAGGAGCGAGCUCCCGGGGCCAGGUGCCUGCAAGCCCGAAGAGGAUGGGCCCGGCAAGCCUGCCGAGCAGCCCCCCGGCAAGGCGAGCUGCAAGAAGACGGCCCAGCAGCGGCACCUGCUGCGCCAGCUCUUCGUGCAGACGCGGUGGCCCAGCACCCAGGACUAUGACGCCAUCACGGCCCAGACCGGCCUGCCGAGGCCCGAGGUGGUGCGCUGGUUCGGGGACAGCAGGUACGCCCUGAAGAACGGCCAGCUCAAGUGGUACGAAGACUAUAAGCGGGGCAACUUCCCUCCAGGGCUGCUGGUCAUCGCCCCUAGCAACCGGGAGCUGCUGCAGGACUACUACGGGACGCACAAGACGCUGCGGGAGGAGGACCUGCAGAGCCUCUGCGACCAGACCCAGAUGAGCUCCCAGCAGGUCAAGCAGUGGUUUGCAGAGAAGAUGGGCGAGGACACCCGGGCUGUGGCGGACACGGGCGGCGAGGACCAGGGCGCGCGUGAGCCUGCAGCCGUGCACAAAGGGACGGGCGACGCGUAUGCGGAGGUGUCGGAAAACAGUGAGUCGUGGGAGCCCGGCGCCCCUGAGGCCAGCUCGGAGCCCUUUGACACCCGUAGUCCCCAGGCUGGACUUCAGCUGGAAACAGACUGAAUGGGAACUGCUCACUCUGAAGGACUGGCCCGUCCGGGACGCCGCCUGCCACGGGGAAGGGCUCACCCCGCCUCCUCGGCCACACGCCGCUCCCAUGCCCGCUGCCGCUGCCGGGCUAGCCCGGAGCUUCUGGAGGCCUCGCCGCCUGCCCAGAGCCUGCCGCCGCCGCCCAGUGCGCCCGGGGAGAGCAGAGCGCUUGUCAGUCCUUCCUCGCACCAUGUAGGACCUUUCCUUUGCCUUCCAGUGGAUAAAAUAGUUCAGAGUUUAUAUUCAUAGACACGGAAUCAAGUUUUUAACCUAUAAAUCCGCCUAUCCACAUUUAAUAAAACAUCCGAUUACGAACGCUUUCGUCACGUAGAAAGCUGGGUUAGCCAGCAGCGCGGUGUCUCCCUCAUCUCUGCAGGCGCGGAAGCCGCGCGUCCCCUGCACGUGCAGAGCAGAGCCGGCGGAAGCCCUGGGUGCCCCCGCGCUCCUCAGGAAGGCGGUGUCCGCCCACGCGGCUGCCCGAGGGGGUCUUGCCCUGCCCUGCCCUGGGGGCGACACAGCGGGCGCCGGCCACCUGCUAGUGCUCGCUCCCCGGCUCGGAAGCCGUUCCAGCCACACUGCUUGUUCGUGGGAGUUUGAAUCAUGGACCAGAACUUUUCAGUUAUCAGCAUUUGUUGUCAAGUCCGAUGUACUGACCGCUGUGCCCACGUUUUUAUUGUUGUUUUUCAGUCUAGAUGUUCUGAGAGUGAGAGGAAAACUGAGGAAAGGAGCAGGUAGGGCCGAACGCAGAAGUGCAUGGCCCCAGCGUGCGGCUCUGGCCGCUGUGGUUGUCGGAGCCCUUGACCCCCACUCCCUUCAAGGCCGCCAGCAGUCUGGGAAGGAAGACCUGCGCUCGGCUGGGAGUAAGAGCGAACGCUCUGGGAUCUGGGGAGCCAGGAGCUGUCAGAGCGGGGGUGGUCCUCAGCACGGAGACCUGCAGAUGGGGGGUCCUGGCCGGACACCCAGGGUGCUUGUGGCCCCCCGCACCGAGGGCCUGGCUGCGUGCUGGGCAUCACUGGACAGGCCCUUGUGAGGAUUUUUCUUAAGUUCUGCAUUUAUAUUCCCAGAUUUGGAAACAAGAUCUUCUUUAGCCUAAUUCUCAAACCAUUUUUUUAAUUGAGAAAAAUCACAGGAAAAGGUGCUUUUGAAACACUGGGCAACUUGCUUACAAAGCUGUACUACUUGGUAAAUCUCUAUUUCCCCCAACUGGCUGUUCUGAGAGCAGCGGGCGAUGUCCCCGACAGCUCUACUCGCCUGCCAGAGACCACCUGCUUCCCUAAGCCUGUGAGCUUCCCCAAGGCCCUGUGAGUAUGCUCCUCCUGGGCCCAGGCUGGGGGCAGCACAAAGCGGCCCCAGAGACAGAGGGCAGGGGUUUCAGGCACCACAGGCCGGCGGGAGGGUAGGCGCGGUCUUUCUCCCUGACCCUACCCAGAACUGAACAGGGUGCGGCCCCUUGCUGGCUUGGCUCCAAGGACGAAGAUGGUGGUGGCACCUUCUGCCUUCCAGGAGACGGCUUUCUCCGGACACCAGAAGCCCUUGAGCCCCUGCUCUUCUAAAGCGUCUUCUCCCGCUCUCCCAGGCCCAGUAGGGACCACCUCUGAGUUGUUUCAAACAUGAUGUACGAAUACUUGGCAAGUUCCGCACCCUGUGUUUGUGUCCUUUUCAUUUGAGUGUGAAGCUCUUUAGCCCCAAAGACCUUGUGGCAGAAUUGCCCGUGGUGAGUGAUUGCCUUUCUUCAGAGAACAGACACCUGGAAUUUUUCCUUUAGGGUUUAUGUGCGGUUUAUGUACAUGCAGAUUAAUUUAUAUAUACACAUAGAUAUAGUACAGAUGCUCAUUCGAUACUUGUAAAAUGUCCACCUGAGGUAUAUACCUGAGGUUGCUCCCGGCACGUGGCUGCUGGGGAAAGGAGCCUGUGUCGGAGGGAAUGCCAGGCCCAAGGUGCCACUGCGGCGGCCCAGCCGGAAACCAUCUGAGUGUUGGCGACACCGGCCUGCCGGCCUCCCUCUGAGCCCCCCACUGGCUAGAGGGCUUUAAAGAGAAUUUUCUCAGUUAUUUAACUAGUGUUCAUAUUUCAUUUACAACCCAAACAGCAACACAAAAAAUAAAUUUCGUGGUGGACAAGUUCACGCAGGACAUAGCGACCAGACUCAGCACCAGCCUGUCUCUAGAAGGUGGAGAAGCUGCAGGCCUACCCGCCUGGGCGUGUGCUCCCCACAGCUCUUAGCCCUGCCCAUGAAUGGCAAGACGGCCCAGGUAAGGCCCCCAGCAGCCUAGAGAGGCCCACCCCCUUGCUCUGGGCUUAGACCGGAGCAAAUAGUGGGUUGGAGCCUCACGGUCGCAAGAAUCAUGGUCACCGGUGAUGGCGAGUGAGACGGCUGGUCAGCGAGCCGGUGCCCAGGGCUCUGGGUGCUCAGGGAAUACUGCUCACCCAGCACGGAGACCCACGCAGGCCUGGAGGGUGGUGGCGGGGGCUUGGGGGGAGUGUGGGACCUCAGCAGGCAGCCUUGUGUCCCGUCACAGGACAGGUCACCGUGGUUUUGCAUGCUGUCGAAGCGUGUCUGUGAUGUCGCCUCUGGCAGAAGGCGGUCUGUGGGCUGCAGAGUUGAGACAUGGGGUUAGUCCCCCCUGAAGAAAAGCCUGUUGUAUACGGUGACUCCUCUUUCUCCUCUGUAUGCACGUGGCCUCGUCACAGAUAGUAAACAUUUCAGUGUUUCUUGUCUCCUGUGUCUGGCACAUGUUUGGUUUGUUAUAUAUUUUACCUGGGGUUGUAGAUGCAGUUGUAGUAGAUGAAACCGGAUCAUCAUGUGAUCAAGGAAAUCUGGAUUUAUGAUACAUAGACCUUGCAUAUUUUGUUACUUAUUUUAACUCGACUAUGAGAGAGCUUUUUGAUUUGAGAGGAGAGUUGUACUGUUCAGGAGUCGCGCGUUCCUGAAACAGAGUGCCCUGCUCGGAUGGCCCUUGGCAUUUGGGGUUUGGUAGCGCCACGUGACUUGGAGCUCCUGGCCUCGCCAGGUGACUGGCGGCUGUCCCGGUGGACCACAGUGCCCCGAGCGAGCACCGAGCAGAGGCCCUGCUCCCUGUUCUCCAGAAGCAUGGGUGUGGGAGCCGGGCAGUGUGGGCUGGUAGCUUGUCCGCUCCCCUGUGCACGGACGGUGGCGUCCCAGCUGGCCGUGGGGGCUGUCCCACCAGGGAGUUCCAGCAUCUUUUCCAGGCUAAGAUGUGGCUCUUCAUCCUGCUCAGUCGGUGGCGCAGUGACAGGUCCUAUGUCCCCUUCUUCCCCGCUCUGGCCCUGGGACAUCUGUGCCAGGCUGCCUUCCAUGGAGGCUGGGCGCUCGGGCUCUCCCCACCUCCUCCCGCAGCUCCCAGCUGGGCUGCCUGGUCCCCGGCCGCGUUGCCUCUGGUCUUCCUGUUCCCUUCCCCGACUGCAACCCUUGCGCCGCAGCAUCCUCGUCUGUGUAAACACCACGGCUGCAGUGCAGAAAGGCGCUUUGUAGGAGAGGAGAACCGGCCAACAAGAAAGCGUGAAACCAAACCAAACCUGGAAUUUUUAAAUUUUUAUUUAUUUUUUUUAAUCAAACCUGGAAUUUGGGCUUUUUCUAAUUUUUCUCCCCCUUUCCUUGCUCAGAGUUUAUCUGGGGCAGGUUAUUGGUUUGACCCACCUUUUGUAUUAGGUUUAAUUAUCCUUAAUUUUCCCUUAUCCCACUGACAGACGAGGCUCAGUCGAAUGCCGGGGAAGACCCUGGAGGUGGCUGAGGGUCCACAGGACCAGCUUCUAGGCCGGAGCCAGCAGUCCCUGGCCUGGGACGCUGGCAGGCUGGGCUCGCCUCACUCCCGUCUGGAGUCCCAUGUCCGGGUCUCCUGACUCUGCUUCCUUUUUCUCUUUCCUGAGGAGCACAGGCCCGCCCAGCCUUCCUGCCCAGACCUGGGGGGGCCAUCUCUGCGUGCCUGGGGGAGCCCAAGCCUUCUUCCGAGCAGGCCCCGCUCCCGGCCUGGCUUCAGUCUGAGGGAACCAGCACGCUCCUUCUCUGGCCGUUUGCAACAGCCAAGUGGUGUGGCGCCAGGGCUGGGGAGGCUGGAGGCAGCUUCUCAGCCAAGUGACGGGUUUUGACUUAGGCCGAGUGACCGCGGAGGGACGACUGCGGGUGCGCCUUGGCUGGCUACCCAGCCCAGCUCUGCGUCCAGAAGGGACGGAGAGGCCUCGGUGGGAGUUGGUUUCUGCCCCAGCCUGUGUGGUGUUCCUGGCACUGGGUCGUCCCGGGCGGGGGCUUCUCUGAGUGGACCCAGCAAGGGCAUGCAGGGGGGCAGGUAGAGCGCUCAGAGCAUUUGGUCCUAGGGGUGAUCCGGAGCCUGCUUUUCCUGUUUCUCAGUCCUGAGUGACUUCUCAAGACUGGCCACCAACCUGGACACUCCUCUGAACGGGCCCCCCCCAGGCCUUCCCCAGACGGGAGACUGGACAGCCUGGUUCCGGCAGGAAGCAGCCAUUCUGUCUGCAGAGGCCCCAAGCAGGGGCGGAAACCCGCGGGCCCGGCAGGCCCAGCUGGCCCCGGUCAUCACACGGACAUGGGGGACAGCAAGCACCUGCCGCCUUGAUUUGUAAAAACACUGUCUUUUGGUUGGCAGGACCGCCAGGAUCCACCAAAAACACAUGAGUCCUGCUUUGCUGUCUCCAGCCCCGAGGCUUCUGCUGCCCUCAGAGCCUGGCCCUUGUGGCUGCUCAGGCUGGAGCCAGAGGGAGGAGCGAGCACAGUGCGCAGGGCUUUUCAGGGGUGGUCAUCUUCCCUUCUGCUGGGUGUCUUUCCCGCGGCCCGCGGGGGACGGGGCAAACCAGGGCGCCCGAGAGUCUGCAAGCCACCAGCCGUUAGCGCCUCCUCCUCCUCCGGAGCCCAGCUCUGCCGCAGACGCCCGCGCACCGGAGCGCUUGCGUGUUAGUGGCGUUUCUCGGUGCUGCCCUAGGACUGUUCUUCGUUCCCAUGCUAAGUGGGGGACUUGGAAGUAUUUCCAGUAUUCGGCUGGAGCCUUAGGUGAAUUGUCCAGGGUAGAGGCUGUUUGGAGUCACUGGAGGUAGAAAGCUGCAAGCGUGUGGUCGUUCCCAAGGGUCAGACCCCAGAGUAGAUCCGCUGGCGGAAAGUGAGAAUCGCCGCUCGUGGUAGCUGUUCUGUUACUUGUGUUUAAGGAGAGAGACUGUCACUCGUCCUUGGGUCCUGCCCACACAGCGGUCUCCUUCUGGCAGUUUGCUCGAGAUGCUGGCUGGGCGGGAGCCCCAGGCUGAGGGGCGCCGGCUGGAGGGGGCCCAGGGAGCCCGGGUGAGCGCCAGGGGACGGCGUGCCCCGAGUAGAGGCGUUCCUGCGGCACUUCUGGGCACGCGCGCCGCUCGGCUGUCAGGAGGACGGGACCGGCCGUAAUUGUUACAACGAAGAAAACACACCAACCUUUCUCUCUCCCCUGCCGGCCAUCGUUCAUUGGAAGUUUGCUGAGCACAGUCUCGGGGGAAGUCAGGGAGGUUGCCACAGCUGCAGUUCCUUCCCGACGGUCCUGAGUCCUGCUGGUUUUCUGCCGCCCACUUACCUUCUGGUCUUCGGUGCCACGGGAAGGCCGGGAGUGGCUGGUGGGCAGUUUGCCCCGGUGCGCCUCUUGUCGCCCAGAGACGCCUGAAAGACGGGAUCCUCUUGGUGCUAAGAAGCAACUGCCCUGUUUGUCCAGAGGCAAAUGGAAACUUCACCGAACUAUACUAGAGGGUCCCAACCCCCUGCGGCCCCAGGUGUGGCACCAAACCGAGGGGCAUACUCUGCGGGUCAGGCCUGGGGAUGGGAGUUCUUUACCCCGGGGUAAGAGUUUUAACAGAAAGACAAAACUUGCCUUUGGACCGUGGCUGUGCCGAGGCGGUGGAGUGGGCUGCCCUCUCUGGGCUGAAUCUCCAGGCCUCAUGAGGUCCCCCGUGGGGAUGCUGCUAUUUCUAAGAUGCAAAUUGCACAUUUCCUAGAUUUUGUAUCUGUGGAUUUGGAUGAAGGGAGCAGGGCCAAACUGCUUAUACAAUUUGAUAUGGGCCGAAAUGGUACUUCAAAUCUUUUGAUUGUUCCUAAAUAAAAACAUAAAUACA